ACCAUACUAAUACUGUCUUUGACCCCCUUUUGCCUUCAGAACUGCCUUAAUUCUACAUGGCAUUGAUUCAACAAGGUGCUGAAAGCAUUCUUUAGAAAUGUUGGCCCAUAUUGAUAGGAUAGCAUCUUGCAGUUGAUGGAGAUUUGUGGGAUGCACAUCCAGGGCACGAAGCUCCCGUUCCACCACAUUCCAAAGAUGCUCUAUUGGGUUGAGAUCUGGUGACUGUGGGGGCCAUUUUAGUACAGUGAACUCAUUGUCAUGUUCAAGAAACCAAUUUGAAAUGAUUCGAGCUUUGUGACAUGGUGCAUUAUCCUGCUGGAAGUAGCCAUCAGAGGAUGAGUACAUGGUGGUCAUAAAGGGAUGGACAUGGUCAGAAACAAUGCUCAGGUAGGCCGUGGCAUUUAAACGAUGCCCAAUUGGCACUAAGGGGCCUAAAGUGUGCCAAGAAAACAUCCCCCACACCAUUACACCACCACCACCAGCCUGCACAGUGGUAACAAGGCAUGAUGGAUCCAUGUUCUCAUUCUGUUUACGCCAAAUUCUGACUCUACCAUCUGAAUGUCUCAACAGAAAUCGAGACUCAUCAGACCAGGCAACAUUUUUCCAGUCUUCAACUGUCCAAUUUUGGUGUCAAGAUGUCUCGUGCAGAUGUGUUGUCCAUCUACAGGAGGGUCCUGCGCAUUGCACGCAGCUGGCACGCGCAGUCUGCUUUAGCACAGGACACGGAGGCAGAGAGGAAAUACAUCAUUCAAGAGGCUCGAACCCUUUUCAGACAAAACCAACAGAUCACAGACCCUGAAUCAGUCCAGAGAUGCAUUGCAGAAUGUGAAGCACGGAUAGAGAUAGGAAUACACUAUAGAAACCCUUAUCCCAGACCAUCAUAUCUUCCUCCGAUGGGUCUGGCCACACAGAAGGGCCGAAAGCUGCGAACUCAGGAGAGAUUGAGGAAACAAGCCAAACCUGUGUACUUACAGUCUCACGAUGAGACCUGACAAAAACACAUUUCAACUGUUUACCACCUGAGAACACAAAGUCUGAGUUAUUUGUAACUAAAACAUAUAAUUCUUACUGUGCAUGUAUUCUUUGGUUGAGUGUAUAUAUAUAUAUAUAUAUAU